CCGUGCCCCUACAAGCUCCGAUGGAAGUGAUGCCAUUCCAGACGCCGAUGCUGCAGCCAUCACCUUUCCAGCCGCAGCUGGUCAGCACCAUGGCCCCUGUCAACUUCACUGGCGCGUUUAACGCUGCAGGGCCGUCGCGUCCCCCGCAAGGUACGAAUCCGCAAGUCACCCCUGAUGGUCAUUGCGUCUCAGUUGAGAGUGAUGACGGCGAGUGGGACAUUCCGAGGGCUCACAAGAAGAAGAAAGGAAAGACUAUCCGCCCAGCAACUUCCCGAAACUUCGCCUUCGAAAGGCUGGGGGACAGGGAGGAGGGCCAGAGAAAGUCAGCCAAACAGAGGCUGGGGCAGAGCGUCGCCCAUGUCAGCGCGUUCGCCCGGUUAGGCGAGGUGCGGGAGGCUGAGCCUGCCCGCACCCGGCGCUCCCGGUCUAACCGGCAGGAGCCAGCGAGGACGAGGGCCUCUCGUCAGGAAGAGGAAGCAGAGAGCCAGCCCAGGUUACCGGUGGCGAACCGGUUAACCAUCCCAAAUGACCGCGUCCAGCUGAUGGAGGCAAAACUAGAGAGGCUGGAAAAGAAGGUCGGGGAGAAGAAUGACCGGGACAAACCCCUGGCGGGGUCCCCGUUCACCACAAGAGUCCAUCUGACACCUUUCCCACGAAAGGUCAAGAUCGACGCCCCUAGAUUCACCGGGAAUGAAGAUCCAGAAAUCCAUCUGGACUCCUUCAACCAGAGUGCAACCAUGAACGGUUGCACCGAUGAAGAAAAGUGCCUUCUUUUCUUUCAGACCUUGCGGAACCGAGCCACUGAAUGGUUCAAUAAGCUUUGCCCGGGAAGCAUUGAUUCGUUCAGUGAUUUGGCCUCGAAAUUCAAGGCCAAGUUCCAGGAGAAUUGUACUAAGAGGAAGAAAUUCACCUAUCUUAGUACAGCCGGGCAGAGGGAGUCUGAGAACCUUACUCAGUUCCUUACCCGGUGGAAGGAAGAGGUAGACAAGCUGGAAGAGAUGGAUGACAAGAUCGUCUUAUCCCUCCUCUUGAAUGGCUUGCGUGCCGGGGAACUAUACAAGGAGUUCUGCCGGAAACCCCCGGCCACGUACCAAGAGGCCUACCAUACUGCAUGGGAGUUUGCUGAGGCUGAAACUCAACUCCGGGCGAAGAAAGAAGCCGAGCAUGGUUACAAGCCCAAGCCGGUGCAAGUCAAGAAGGAAGAAGCACCGGGACCUAACCGGCCAAGACACCACUAUGACCCGGUCGUCCAUGUGGUCAAUACGGAAGAAUGCCAAGAAAUCCGGAAAGCACCGGUCAUUCCUCCGGAAAACCUUACCGGUCAAACAGGGCGGCAGUGGUCGGGCACCUAUUGUUCGUACCACAGGUCAGAUUCCCAUAACACCUCCAAAUGUAAGAGUGUUAAGGGAGUAAUCCGGCAGAUGAUAGACAGUGGAGAGCUGGGCAAGGAUUACUUGCAGAAAGCCCAGGAGAAGAGUCAUCAAUGGGUUAGGCCAGCUGCCCCGGGAGAUGACCGGGACAACGACCGGCGGAGGAAUAACCGGCAGAGGGAGCGGCAACCUGCUCCCGAAAAAGAGCACAUCAGCAUGAUCUUCGGCGGACCUGAGGGUGGAGAUUCAGCCGCGCAGCGGAAGAACUGGGUCCGGAGCAUUUACGUUGGUGAGGUAGGCGCUGAAACGCCCAAGCGUAAGCAUACUAGGAGGGAGCCGAUCGUCUUUACUGACCGGGAUCUCCCUCCCACCGGUGAAGAUCAAAAUGAUCCAUUGGUCAUCACCAUGGACAUUAAUGGGGUGUAUGUCGCCCGGGUACUUGUUGACACCGACAGCAGUGUCAACAUCUUAUAUCUGGAGACUUUCCAAAAACUCAGGUUGUGUCGGACACAACUUGAACCCCUGAAGACUCCUCUCUCGGGCUUCACGGGAGAUACAGUGGAAGCCGAAGGAUCCAUAGUUCUACCGGUCGAACUAGGAUCGGGUGAAAAAACCGUAUGGAAGAAGAUGCGGUUCAUAGUUGUGGACAUCAAAUGCGUCCACAACGCAAUUCUUGGAAGGCCAGGCAUCAAUAAGGUCGGGGCGGUGAUUUCCAUGCCUCACCUGUGCAUGAAGUUCCACACUCCAGGUGGUGUGGGUGAGGUGAAGGGCGACCAGAGGAACGCCCAGGAGUGCUAUGCCCGGGCAGUCAAAAAGAUGACCAAGGGGGUCAAUGUCAUCUCCCAAGAAAUCACAAAGGGAGAGACCCGGGAGAAAUUGGAGCCCGAGACCGAGACGAUGGAAAUCGAACUUCACCCGGGUGAUUCUUCGAGGAUGGUCAGAAUUGGAGCAAAUCUCCCCGAGGAUCUCAAGGCAGAGAUUACACGGGUCCUCCAAGAAUACGCGGGCAUAUUCGCAUGGAGCGUGGCGGAUAUGCCCGGAAUAGAUCGCUCUGUUAUCUGCCACCGGUUGGCCGUGAGGGAAGGAAGUCGACCGGUACGUCAGAAGAAGCGGUACCUGGCCAGUGACCGGCGAGACUUCGUCAAGAAGGAAGUGAAGGACCUCCUCAGUGUUGACCUUCUCUCCAAGUUGACGCAGUAUGCUCCCGAGCAUGUUUCAAAACUUGCCCGGGUGGAAAUCCUGGAUCGAGCCAGCAUCGAAAAAUUGGAAGUCGCCGCUGCAACAGCCGGAAGCCAAUCUGACCGGUCAAACCUGGUCGGGAUGGACGACCAUUGGAUGUAUGAUCUGAUGGAAUAUUUGAUGGAUGGGAGCUUGCCAGAACAAGAUGACCGGGCAAGAAAAGUGAAGCUCAGGGCACCCCGAUUCCAGGUUCUUGAUGGAAAGCUGUAUAAAAGGGCAUUUGGGGGGCCACUCCUGAGAUGUCUGACCAACCGGGAGGCUGAGCGAGUCAUAGCGGAGGUCCACGAAGGAGUAUGAGCGGCGCAUCAAAUGUCCCGUACGCUUUCCCAGCGCAUCAUCUUAUUGGGGUAUUAGUGGCCAACAAUUGUCCUGAAUUGUGAAAGGUAU